AUGGCACCAACACGCAUAACAAUAGCCCUAAACACCAACCAGUCGCAAAGAGCGCCGCUCCUCAUACCCCCCAGCGCGUGCACAGAUCCACACUCGCCAACCUCACUCCGCAAUCUAGUCUUCAAAGCCGCAUGCUCGAAGUUGCGUAUCAAGAAGCCCUCGCGGAUCUUCAUCGCUGGUUCCGGCGCAGAACUCAUACACGAAGACGACUGGAAGCGCGGCAUACGGAACGAUGUGUCGCUGCUCAUAUCCGCGGGAGAGGAGUACGUCGGGGUAAACAGAGACGCCGGCAUACACGCGGAAGCAAAUCCCAACUGCCCUGUGCAUGUCCUCGCCGACGCUGCAGCGGUCGACAAGCUCUCCAUUGACCAACUUGAGACUACGGCACGCACGCUUCCCGGUCUUGUUCACGCCGUCGGACAGCCUGACAUUCACCCUGGUACUAAGUUCCCCAUUGGGUUCGGGUCGAGUAUCUUGAAGAAAUACACUUCUGGAGGCCAGGUCAGCUUGAAAGAGGAUAGCGCGGAGGCAAGGGAGUAUCUCGAGGAACAUGAUCGAGCUUGUCGAUGGGCUAAGGCGAACCGCGACCUCAUUGCUCUACGUUUCCUGAGUUGUCUUGAACCCGGAGAGCCAGUCUGGAGUUUGGGUAAGAAUGACGCAGAUGUAGCGGAGGUCCACGAUGUUAUCCCUUGCGCCAAAGCCGAACUCUGUGCUCGACGCGUGGUCGAUAUAUGGCACAACAACGUGGAUCGCGUCAAGUGGCCACCGACUUCUCCAGCAACAUCCACGGCCGAAGAGACGGCUUUUGGAGCGACCGCUUCCACCUCCUCACAAAGACACGCCUACAUCCACCGCAAAGGUGCUGCACCAACCCAGGACCCUUCCACAUCCCUACCGCUUCCCAUCCUCCCACUCCCCGGCUCCCGCGGAACCCCGACGCUCAUCCUUACCCCACAACUCGGCCCCUCAACCUCCUAUGGUCUUACGAAUGCGCUCUCCCUCGCUCACGGCGCCGGCAGAAGCAUGUCGCGGGCUAAAGCGCUAUCCACGCUCAGCCACAAGUACAAGGCUUCAAGUCUGCUCGAGCCGAGAGGAGGAACAGGCACGUGGGUGGUGUGCGAAAGUAAGGAUUUGGUGUUUGAGGAAGCGCCGGAGGCGUAUAAAGACGUUGAGGCUGUGGGGGAAGAUCUGCCAAAGCAGACCAGAAUUAGUCUUCCCACUGUUCAGUAG